AUGGCCGCUCAUGCCGAGAACGAACCUUUGCUCAUGCACUUCUUCCAGGACAGUCUCACUGGGGCCCCAUUAGAGUGGUAUAUGCAGCUUGAGAGGGCUAAUGUUCGUACUUGGGGAGAACUUGCCGAUGCCUUUUUGAAGCAAUAUCACUAUAACACUGCUAUGGCUCCUAUCCCUGGCACCAUUCAAGGUGUUGUUGGUCCUAACAACUCUAAUGGCAAUGGUAAAAAGCCAUACUCUGGAUUUGUGAAGAAGAAAGAAGGUGAGACUAGUACCGCCUCUAUUGACCAAGGCCGAGCUCCUGUGUAUUCGGCCGUUCUGCCUCCAUAUUAUCCGAUGCCUUAUGUUGUUCCUAGUCCAUAUGUUCCUACAGCAUAUGCUGCUGCGCUUCCACAACCAUGGGUGGCUCCUCAACAGCCUUUCGUGCCACAACAACAGCUUCUUCCUCAAUUGCUCGCUAAUCAGUUGGUACAGCUUCGUGAACUUGGUCCUCCACCUGAUACCCUUCCCCCAGGAUACGAUGUUAAUGCUCAUUGUGAAUUUCAUUCAGGGGCUCCAGGCCAUACGAUAGAAAAGUGUCGAGCAUUGAAAUUAAAAGUUCAGGAUCUCAUUGAUGACAAGAUUAUUUCGUUCACCCCUACUGGUCCUAAUGUGCAGAAUAAUCCUAUGCCUCCCCACGCAGGUGCGACCAACGCCAUUGAAUGGUGCGAUGAACAUAUCUUGGUAACUGGUGUUGAUGGGAUUAAGAUGCCGCUUGCAAUUGUCAGAGAGCGUCUUGUGCAACAGGGGGUCUUGCAUGAACUCCAUAAUUUUUGUUUGCAAUGUUCUUCUAAUCCAGAGGAAUGUGCUAGUUUGAGGGAGGAGAUUCAAAAGCUGAUGGAUGAAGGUAUUCUUAGAGUGGAAAGAGUUGUUUCUGAUGAAGAUGUAGCUACUCUAGAAAUCCCUUACUAUCAGGCUGAUGUUUCAAAGGCUCAAGGUACCCCUUUGAUUAUUCAUGCUCCGAGUACUCCUUUGGUUAUUCAGGCUCCAAGAACUCCGUUGGUUAUUCAGGCUCCGAAUACUCCCCUGACCAUCCAUUCCCAGGCUCCUUCAACUUCAUCUCCCGCUUCCUCUUCAUUGGCUGAUUCUAAGGACGUUCCUUGGAGUUAUAAUGUUGUUGGUCGAAUCUUUGCUGCUCCGCCUCCCCCUCCCAAAGAGACCAACAAGGAUGUUAAUGCACAAACUAAAGGGAAACAGGUCGUUAUUGAUCCUCCUGAGCCUCGUACCGCACAAGACGCUGAACAGCUUUUGAGAAUUAUCAAGAAAAGUGACUACAAGGUGAUUGAUCAGCUUGACCAAACUCAAGCUAAGAUUUCCAUCUUGUCUCUUUUGGUGCACUCAGAAGCUCAUCGUGAUGCUCUGAGGAAGAUCUUGGCUUCCGCUCACGUUACUCAAGACAUUACUGUGCCUCAGUUUGAAGAGGUUGUGACCAAUAUUGCUGCUGGUAAUUGUUUGGGUUUUUGUGAUGAUGAACUCCCGCCUGAAGGUAGAGCACACAAUAAAGCAUUGCAUAUCUCCAUAAGAAGGUCUGUAGAAAGGGAAAUUGAUUUUCCUGUUAAGAUUGGUCCUCACACAUUCUAUAUUGCCUUCUAUGUCAUGGACAUUCGUCCAUCGUAUACUUGCCUCUUGGGUCGUCCUUGGAUUCAUGCUGCUGGAGCCGUGACAUCUACCCUUCAUCAGUGUUUGAAAUUCGUCGUGAGCGAUAAGGUAGUUGUGAUCACUGGUGAAGAAGAUAUGGUAAUCAAUAACCUAACGACGUACCGUUACGUGGAGGUAGAAAGGGAAGUGCAUGAGACACCUUUCCAAGCCUUGGAAAUUGUGUCAGUCGAUAGAUUCCCUGUGGUCGAAAACAAGAAAGAACCUGGAGCGCCCCUCUCAUCCUUAAAUGAUGCCAAGGCUUUUCUAGAAGCUGGUGUUCCCCAUGGUGCUUGGGGCAAGUUGAUCGAUGUUUACGAGAAGCAAGACAAGUAUGGUCUCGGGUACCAACCAUCCUCUUCCACUCAAUUCAAUCCAACCCAUGGAAAGAAGGUGAUCCCCCCAAUCUCUCAGGUGUUCGUCAGCGCCAGUACUAGUUCUGAAAGUCAGGCAUAUUGA